UUUUGGUGAUGAUCGUCUCAAAGUUCAAACCCUGAACGUUCAACGUUCUGAACCUCGAACGUAAACCAAUUGCAGGCUUGCACGCCUUCAAGUCGCCCUUGUUUCAUGCCUCCAAUGGCAAAUAUGGGACUGGUCCAACAGACUUAUCACGUCGAAAGACCGUGUGAUUAGCGUUCCAUGCUGAUCCUGAUUCUCAAUCCAGCGCUAAUAAUUGGCAUAAAAUAUAAAUAUCUGUGCUAGCCGUGUACAUCCUUCCCUUCCCAACUGCAUCGUCAAGUAUUUGCUGCGCGCGACAGUUGAGAUGCGUCUCGAUGCAGCCUUUGGAGUGGUCACAGAUCUACGUAUUUUCCUUGUCGGUGGCCUCUUGCCUACGAUUCUCGCAAUCUGGCGUGCUCCCUCGCUACUCUUCCAACCAAUUGAAAUCUCCCGCAUUUUCAUGUCUCAUGUAUGGGAUCUCUAUGGUAAUAGCGUCGACGAAGCCGGAAGGGACGUCAAAAAAGGGCUCAUCACUCCGCACGCCUAUGGUGUUGUGCUAGAGCUCGGUGCAGGACACGGCCACACUGUCAACUACCUGGACCAUUCGCGUGUUGCAAAAUACGUAGCUGUAGAGCCUAACGUGCAUAUGCAUGCUGAGCUGCGCCGUACUGCCUCUGCUGCUGGAUACAGCGAAGAUGCUGGAACGCUCCUCAUCCUCCCAUGCGGUGCUGAAAACAUCUCUAGCAUCCUUUCCUAUCUUCCUACGCCACACCCGCCUGUAGACACGCUCAUAUCUGUCCUCACUAUCUGCUCCAUCCCCUCGCCGCAAUCCACCAUCUCCGCAUUGGUCACGGAGGUGCUGAAACCUGGGGGGCAGAUGUUGUUCUAUGAACACGUGCUUAGCGACAGGAAGGAUGUUGUAUGGUGGCAGCGUUUUUGGACGCCGUUGUGGAGUAUCUUUUCUGAUGGAUGUCAUUUGGAUCGCCCGUCUCAUCGGUGGAUUGAGGAUGUGGGUGGAUGGGUGCAGGGAGAAGGAGGUACUUGGGGAAAGGAAGGAGAAAGUGAAGAACAUCUGUUUUGGCACCGAGUUGGGAGAUUUGUUAAGGCGUGAGUAGAUACAUGUCACUCUUGUCCUUCACAAUCAGUGUAGCGCCGCCUUUCAACAACUCUUGUUAGCGAGUGUUAGUUUCAAAUUAGGGUUUAAUAUUUAUUCACUCGCUAGUAGCUACGCGGAUCAUUUUGUUGAAGCAAACAAUCGACGUAUAC